AUGGCUUGGAGGAUGGAUCCUUACGCUAUGCCUCGGGCAUUCUGCCUUGCCCAAACUAUCAUUCUCGGGUUUUCUACUUAUGUGAUGACUGGCGUCUGCGCGUCUUUUUGUAUCGCUACGUGUAUAACUGUAUGGAAGCCCAAAUCAUGGGCGGAUGCGGAGCGCUCGGUAUUGGUGUGGCGGAAUCACUACUAUUUUACGCUCCUGGUCUUUCCUAUUGUUGCCACAAUAGUAGAGAUCGUCAUUAUCAUCAAAUUGGAUGCUGUCAAACCCACUGACGACCUCCACUGUGAUGCAUCAGACCCUAUAUGGGUGAGAUUUUUCGGUUAUGCAGGCACACCACUACUUCUCGCAGUACCCGUUUUGUUCUUCUCUGUCAAGUCCAUCGUGCGAUCCUUGAAGACGAGCAGACACAUCCAGCGUUCCCGUUCAGAGGAGCUCGAGAACCAACGGGUUCACUCAUUUCCGCGAUUACCUUGGAGAUUCUACAGUCAUCGAAUAGUACCCAAGGUUGCUCCAUCACCUUGUCCGUCUUCUAUGAAGGCCACGCCCUCUGGUCACGAACUCGAUUCACCAGAUCGCACGAGCUUUUCUCACUCUUCUCUAUUUCCACCGGAUACAGACGUCCUCGACUCCCCUGUAUCCUCUUCUUUCCCUACCUUCGCCACUGUUGACCCCCCACCCCCGACUAUACGACGAGAUGGUCCACGACAUCCUGAUUUCUCUGCUAUCAUAGGAAAUGACUGGAACGAAAUAGCCCUUGCGACGCCUGAAGAGUCCGACCAAGAUAAGACGAGCUCGUUGGUGUGGACUCGCCCCGGAGACGAUGAUAUCCAACUUGAAUCCAAUGAUUGUGGGGGAGAGAAGCUCGAUGACUUGGAUUCAUUGGAUAUUUCAUGUAGCGACUUUGACUAUAGAUCGCCCUACUCUAAAACGCUGUCCUUUGGCGCUAUGCCCAAGCGAAAGAAACGACUUGCAUACCUAUCACCGGCAAUAUGGCGUAUAAUGUUCUUUCAAGUUGCCUUCACUAUCGUUCUUCUCCUUACUUGUAUAUCCACCCUAGUUGAUGUUGUUGCCGGCCACGAAACACCAACACCUUUUGGAACGCAGCACGUGGCACUGCUUCUAUCUGCCUGGGGACCAGCCCUAGUGUUCGGUCUCUUCCCUGGAGUGAUGCGGAAGCUUAUGUUCUGGAGAUCAAGUAAUUCAUGA